GUAAGCCAUCUUCGCUUUCUUUAGCACAGGCGGGUAAUUAAAUAGCCUAUUGAGUACAUGAAUAUUAUCUGCAAGCUUAAUAGGAGUAACGAGCUGACAGCUACACAUCAAUUAUGCACACUGUUGACAUAGACCUUCAACUUCAUGUCAUGUCAUGAUUUUUUCACAUUGGUGUCAUCGCGAAAACUCAAACGCUGAUAUGAUAUCACUAUCAUUUUUUUUCAUCGUAUGAUCCACUCCAAGUCGGUGCAAUAAUCUAUCCGAUCAAAGUCCGACGACAUGGUGCUUUCAAAUCAUGUCCCGGUCCUCCUUCCAAGAGACGAUGGAUACACCUCGGUGAUUGGGGCCAUAUAAACCUUCUGGAAACCCUCGAAAAGAUGAUUGGAUUCAAGAUAAUAAACACAGCAAUACCUAUAUUGAAAAUCUAGAAGAACCGUUCCAUCAUGUUAGUUUCCGAGAAGAUCACAUUACCAUGUGGGUUGACCCUACCAAAUCGUCUUUGCAAGGGUGCAAUGGCUGAAGCUAUGUCAACCACCCAUGUGCCCGAUGAACAAUUUUUGAAGGCAUAUGGCACUUGGGCCGACGGUGGAUGGGGAAUGAUAAUGACAGGAAACGUUCAAGUGUCCUCCAAAUACCUUGGAGGCCACAACGACGUAGCCACCACUCCCCAAACCACAGAAGAGACCAGAGCCAACUGGAAAUCCUGGGCGGCAACCUGUCAACGCUCUGGAACACCAACCGUAGUCCAAAUAUGUCAUGCCGGUAGACAAUCACCCCUUGGGGCUGGCAGCCGCGGUCUCUUUUCAAAAACCGUUGCUCCCUCCGCCGUGGCAAUGAAUUUUGGAAGUAGUUUAAUUGAACGGGCCGCUGUUGCGUUAUUAUUCGGUACACCACGCGAACUGACGAUUGAUGAGAUUUCUGGACCGGGGGGCAUCAUUGAUGAGUUUGUGGCGGCUGCGAAACAAUCUUUCGAGGCCGGGUUUAAGGGUGUCGAACUCCAUGGCGCACACGGCUACUUGCUAGCACAAUUCAUGUCUCCUCGAUCCAAUCUUAGAACCGAUGAGUUUGGCGGCACAGCCAGAAAGAGAGCCGAAGUUGUAGUAAGAAUCAUCAAUGAAGUCAGAAAGCAAACGAGUAAGGAGUUUUGCAUUGGUAUCAAGGUGAACAGCGUGGAUGCUGCUUCCAACGAGUCAUUAGAAGAUAGCAUGGAGCAAAUAAGGUGCAUAGUAGAAGCCGGAGUUGACUUCAUCGAGAUUUCCGGAGGAAACUACGAGAAUCCUCGGAUGAUGGGUGAUCCCUCCUCAGCCGCUUUGCCCCCUUCUCGUGAAAGCUUCUUUCUCGAAUUCGCCCAAACAGUACGCAAACAAUUCCCUUCGGUUCUCCUGAUGGUCACUGGGGGUUUCCGUACAAGAGUCGGUAUGGAAGAGGCUUUGAAGUCGGGAGGAUGUGAUCUUAUUGGCAUUGCCCGACCCGCUGCCGUUAUUCCAAAAUUGCCAAACGAAAUUAUCCUCAAUAAGAACAUACCUGACGAAGAAGCAACCGUCAAUCUUGCACCACUCUCUCCGCCAUUUUUGAUGCGCCACUUCCCUGUUAAACAGGUCGGGGCUGGUUUCCAAAGCAUAUAUUAUUCGUCGCAGAUUCAGAGAAUGGCGAAGGGCUUGUUGCCUGUCAACACCACGAUAUAGAUCAUUUUUGAACUUAGAUAGGAGUUAUAGACA